UUGUUGCACGCGUUCGGUUUCCCGUCUGUCUCCGCUUACCGGAGCUCACCUAAACUCUCUCCUCAACCCUCUUUUUCUCUCUCCUCUCACCAGCAACCAUCUCCAACCCUUCACCAUCCAUCCUCCAAACCCACCUUCUACUCCAUCCACCCGUCCAUGCAUCAACACGAGCAUUCGGCCCCCAAGUGACGUGGAUUGGACCAUCGGGCCUGGAUUGGACUAGGCCAGAUGAACCUUGUAGCGGCAUUGGUAUUGGGAUUGCGGUGUGUGUGUGUCGCCCCAUCGCCUGUGCGACGUUGAAGAGAGAAGCUCCCAUCGACCAUUCCUGUUCUCACCUUGUCUGGCAGCAAUACAUGGUGUCGCCUCCAGCUGCCACUGCACCUCCCUUCCUUCUCAUAGACAAGCCAGUGUUUCUCUGAUCCGUAAUAUCCAUUGGGCGUUGGUCGUUGUCGCCAUCGUCUUGCCUCUCUGCAGUUAGUUAUUCAUCCCACUGCCGGGCCCCGUUGGAUACGAUACGACGUCCCCAGCCUGCGCCAACCCCCGAACGGUCGAACGACCACCACCCGGUAGGUUUCAUUCCUGCUCCAUGCACACACACACACACACACACACACACACACGCAAUCCCCCCCAUCCAUCCUUCCUCGGAUUGUGCCUGUCGAUCCGCUACCAGUCCGCCGUGGGGUCCCGGUUUAAACGUUGUUUGCGACAUCUUUGCGACCCUCCUCCUCCUCCUUCACACGAAAUCUCACUUAUCUCGUCCCAUCUCGCCGGCCUUGUCCCCAGUUGUCAUGGCUCGUGCCCCGUCCCGUUUAUUUACAGUCCAAUAUCUCGUCAGCUAGAUAGAUGGUCCAGCAUCGUCCACGCCUCUUCCGUUCGAACCCUUUUCUUGAUCCAGGCAGCAGUGUCAUCACCCCCCUGCCAUGACCACGUUUCCAAAGUCCUUCUUGGCCGCUGUCGUCAAGCAGCUGCUCCGGGGCAAGUCUUUGCUACAGGCUCUUAUUGCCUUCUGUAUCACCCCUCAGUCCGUUUCCGGGACCAGGCCAACAGUCGAGUGCUCCAAGACCGCACCGACAACAACAUCGACACGGAACGUCGAGGAGUUCCUGAAGGAGGCCGAAGACCUCCUCAUCGGCCCCUUGCUUGGCGAUGGCCUCCUCGAGUUGUCCAAUGCUCUGAAGGCCCAGUUCAGGGACAAGCUGCAGACGAGCAUGGCCUGCAUGCUCCCGUCGUACAACCAUCAGCUCCCCGGCGGGCACGAAGUCGGCCAGUAUCUGGCCGUGGAUGUGGGCGGAUCGACGCUGCGUGUCGCAUUGGUGGAGUUGCGGGGCCGGGACUCCAAGGGGAGCGAGAGCGAGAUCGUGCGGAUGAGCUCGUUCAAGAUCAACAACGACAUCAGGAAUCUGGAGGGCAUGGCCUUUUUCGACUGGAUGGCUCAGAGGAUAUGGGACAUGGUGUCUCAAGACGGACAGGACACUUCACGGCCCAUGCCUAUUGCCUUGGCUUGGAGCUUCCCCAUUGAGCAAACAUCAUUGAAAGGUGGCCGCAUACACGGCAUGGGUAAGGGAUUCCUCGCCGCCGAGGGUCUCAUGGGACAAGACCUCGGCGAGGUGAUCGAGUCCGCCUGCGCGGCGAGGGGCAUGAACGUCCAGCUGCGCGUCAUCCUCAACGAUGGAGGCGCCACGCUUCUCUCGCAGGCCUACAUCCACCCGGCCACGCGGUUCGGCCUCAUCCUCGGCACCGGCGUCAACAUCGCCGCCUACCUGCCCGUUUCUCUCAUCGGGAAGCCCAAGUUCGGCGACCGGCCGCGGGAAUGGUGGGACGAGGCGCGCGACGUCAUCGUCAACACGGAGCUCGGUAUGUUCGGGCAGGAUGUUCUGAGCGUGACGCGUUGGGAUGCGCUGCUGAAGCAGGGGCAUCCGAGGCCAGAUUUCCAGCCUCUGGAGCAGAUGGUGAGCGGGUACUAUCUCGGUGAGGUGGUGAGGUUCGCCUUGGUCGAGGCGAUCCGGACGACGGGCCUCUUUGGCGGCGUCGUGCCCAAGUCGCUCAACGAGCCGUAUUCUCUUGCAUCGGAAACGAUAUCUGCCAUUGAAGGAGAUACGACGCCGUUGUUUACGUCCUCCAUCGAUCUCUUCGUCGCACGCCAUCCCUCGUCUCACACACCGACCUCAUCUGACAUAUCGGCCCUCCGUUCCCUCGCGUCCUUCGUCUCGAGGAGAUCGGCCGCCAUUAUCGCCGCGUGCCUACACGCCAUCUGGUCCCUCCGCCUCGAGGCUCUGGGCAGGGAGGAGCCAGAGGACGAGUUCCCCGACAGGCUAGGGCAGGAGUCGGGUCUGGUGCGGACGAUGGUCGCGUACAACGGCAGCGUGAUCGAGUACUAUCCAGGCUAUUUGGCCAUGUGUCAGGGUUACGUGGAUGCUCUGGUCAACAGGAAGGACAGGAGCAUCAGCCUCGUGCCAGCGAAGGAGAGCUCAUUGCUGGGGGCCGGCGUUGCGCUGGCGAGGACGUGCAACGCACCUGCGUGAGACUUUUGUCGCACCCGC